AUGGACACAAAUCCAGUUUGGUGUAUACUGGGCUCCGGUGGCCACACUGCUGAAAUGUGCAUUAUCCUGCAAGGACUGUUCCAACGUACCAAAGAUAUUAGUAAAUAUAGGCCAAUGAAAUUUCUAGUCGCCAAUACAGAUACCACGUCCAAGGACAAAAUCCAACUGGUCAUGGAUGAGUUGCAACAACCCGUCAGUGAAGAUGACUUCAUUUAUAUACCAAGGGCACGUGAAGUGGGGCAGAGUUGGUUUACAACAGUUUUUACAUUUCUUUACGCCUUGGUUUGGAGUUUUUGGUUAGUAUUUAAGGAAAAGCCGCGAUUAAUAUUGUGCAAUGGACCGGGGACAUGUGUACCAUUUUGUUUGGCCGGAUUCAUACAAAAGCUGGCACGAAGGUCGAAAACAAAACUGGUCUAUGUUGAGAGUUUUUGUCGAGUCAACGAUAUAUCGAUGUCGGGACGGAUAUUGUUGCCUUAUCUGGAUGUGAUGAUAGUACAGUGGGAACCAUUGACAAAAAUCGAAUAUUUGGGUUGCAAGAAAAUCAAAUAUUUUGGUAAUAUUUUAUAAGCUUGUAAUAAUAACGAUGAUUUAUUGUUUGUUAAU